AUGGCCCGCCGCCUCAGUCACCAUGACUACACGGUCGGGUGGGUAUGCGCCUUGCCGGACGAGCUGACUGCCGCUCAGGAGAUGCUUGACGAAGAACAUCAGAAUCUUCUUUCGAACCACACCGAUUCAAAUAUAUACACCCUAGGGUCCAUAGGAGCCCAUAAUGUCGUCCUGGCGUGUCUGCCUGCAGGCCAGACGGGUACCAAUUCUGCUGCGGCAGUGGCCAUACAGAUGAAGACCACGUUUCCGGCCGUUCGAUUUGGGCUGAUGGUAGGAAUUGGGGGCGGCGUUCCAAGCAAAGAAGCAGAUAUUCGGCUUGGCGACGUUGUUGUCAGCCAGCCGGGCAACGGUCAUGGCGGGGUAGUGCAAUACGACUUUGGAAAGUCAACGCCAAGCGGGUUCAAGCGGACGGGGUUCCUCAAUGCUCCGCCCACAAUCCUCCUCGCCGCCGUUACGAAGCUUCGAUCCAACCUCGACCGAGGGAAAAGCAGUCUGUUGCCACACCUCUCGAAGCUUGGUAACCUCCCCAAGUUCGGCCGUGAUCAAGCAGGAAGCGAUUUCCUGUUCGAAGCGGAGUACAAUCAUAGUGGAGAGGAUAGCUGUCUAUCAUGCACGACCGCGAGGACGAUACAGAGGAACGAACGGGCGGACAGUAUACCUAUGAUUUACUACGGUGCAAUCGCGUCAGGGAACCAGGUGAUGAGGGACGGAGUCGAACGGGACAAGAUUAGCUCAGAAUUCGGAGGAGUUCUCUGCUUUGAGAUGGAGGCGGCCGGCCUGAUGAAUACUUUUCCAUGCCUGGUGAUCCGCGGAAUCUGCGACUACGCUGACUCCCACAAGAAUAAGAGAUGGCAGCCAUACGCGGCGGGAACAGCAGCGGCAUACGCGAAGGAGUUGCUAUGUGUGAUACCGGCGGCGGAUGUGGUGAACACGAAAACGGUCGAUGAAGCACUACGAGGGGGGAAGCAUACCUUUUACCUCCCGUUCGAACGAAAUCACAAGUUUAUCGGUCGGGAUGCAGAGCUCGAUACGCUGAAACAAAAGCUCCUAGUAAAUAAAGAUUGUCAGAAAGUAUCGCUCAGCGGUCUUGGUGGUAUCGGUAAGACACAAGUUGCGCUACAAUUCGCAUAUUCAGUUAAGGAGGACUGUCCAGAAUACUCCAUCUUCUGGGUACAAGCGUUGAGUAUGGAGACGUUUGAGCUAAGCUGCAGGGAGAUAGCGGGAGCAUUAGGGAUACGGCAGGAGCAAGAGGGCGGCGAAGACCUGAAAGCCCUAGUGCGGCAACGGCUAAGUGCAAAGGCCGCAGGAAAGUGGCUGCUAGUUAUCGACAACGCUGACGACCUUGACUUGCUUCGCGGGACCUAUCAAACAGAAGGCUUGCUGGCCUUUCUGCCAGAAAGCGAUGGUGGCUUGACUAUAUUUACGACGCGGCAUGGAGCUGUAGCGCAGUACUUGACGGGCAGCGAUGUGGUUGAGAUAGGAAAAAUGACAAGACAGGAGACGACGGACUUGUUACAGAAGUCUCUAGUUCGAAAGAACCCUUCUGACAACUCUGAGAGUGUGGUGAAUCUUCUGACGGAGCUGGAGUACCUCCCGUUGGCUAUCACCCAGGCAGCAGCAUAUAUAAACACUAAUAAAAGCUCCAUCUCCGAGUAUUUGCGCCUAUUAAAGAAGACAGAGCAGGAUGCUGCCGCACUCAUAAGCACGGAUUUCGGCGAUAAAACACGAUAUCGGAACUCGAUGAAUGCGGUUGCGAAGACGUGGACGAUCACCUUCAACAAAAUUCUCGAAUGCGAUACGUUAGCUACAGAUCUCCUCGCAUUUAUAUCUUGCAUUGAGUGGAGAGCAAUCCCAUACUCUAUUUUACCAGCAGCUCAUCCUGAAGCACGGCUGGCUAGUCCACUUGGCGACGAGGAUGUGGGUAAAUCAGAAUGGUCGUAA